AUGACUCUCCCUGCCACCAUCAGGGUUGCUUAUGCAAAGUCGCAAAUCAGCUUUGCCUUUGCGCGGUGGGGUCUCUCUAUGGAGGCAUGCAGUUCGUAUUUCCUGCCGAGGCUGGUUGGCAUGUCGCGAGCCUUACAUCUAGUGUCAGCCGGCGCAACACAUGGAGCGUCUGACCCACUUCUCAAUCAGCUCUUCUCUGAGGUAUUGGCAACACCAGAAGCCACUGUUUCUCGGGGACUUCAAAUUGCCAAAGAAAUUGCAACACACUCAUCUAUCGUGAGCACGACGGUGAUGCACGAUCUAAUGUAUAGAGGACCGCCAACACCGGAAGAGGCCCACUUGUUGGAUUCGAAGAUUUUCCUUGGAAUGCUGCUCUCCAAGGACAGCGAGGAGGGAACAAAGAGCUUUUCGCAAAAGCGGCGUCCAGAGUUCAAGGGCACCAUGGAGCAGGAUUCGCCCACAGGUUGGCCUUGGGGGAAGGCGAUCAACACCUCACCGCAGGCAAAACAGAUCGAAAAGCAGAAGGAGACCAAGUUGUAG